AUGCUGCGCCUAUCACUAGCUUCGAGACGCUCGCCGCUGCGAGGCUCGUCCCUCUUGCGGCGCCAUCUCAGCACCACCUCGUCACGGCCGUCCUCGGACCAACGCCCGCACCUCCUCGACGAGCUCACACAACGAGGCCUCGUCCAGUCCAUCACCUCCCGUUCCCUCCGCGCACACCUCUCUGCACCGUCAUCGGAAGCGCAAAAUGCGCUCAGCGUCAAGCGCACAGUCUACUCGGGCGUCGACCCGAGCGCACGCAGCCUACAUGUUGGCAACCUCCUCCCGCUCAUGGCUCUACUCCACUUUGCCAGGUACGGCCACAGGAGCUUGGCCCUGAUUGGCGGCGCUACCGGUUCGAUAGGGGACCCCUCUGGGCGAUCCACUGAGCGUUCGGCGCUCGACAAGGCCGAGCUCGACCGCAACGUCGCCUCCAUCUCGAACCAGCUGCGCGAAUUCUUCGGGCGGGCCCAGGAGUACAUUGAAAGGAGGCAGGACCUCGUCGAGCCUAGCAGCAGCAGCUCUGCUCGUGCGGCGACGCCAACGCCCAUGGAAGCCGCUGCGCAGAGCGCCGAUGGAGGCAUCGAGGCCGAGCUGGCCGCCGAGCGCGCGUUCUGUGCCUCCUCGACGGAGGGCGCAUCUGCCCCCUUCCCUCCGGCGCCCGGCAACGCGGCGGUUGACGUCCCGCAGGCGGAGGACGCGGCGCUUGGCGACCGUCUCACCACCACGCCCGCGCUCGACGUGCGGCUGGUCAACAACCUGAGCUGGUUCUCCGGCCUCGGCGUCCUCGAGUUCCUGGGCACGGUGGGCAGGCACGCCCGCAUCCAGACCAUGAUGUCGAGGGACAGCGUCAAGAGCCGUCUGGUCCCGCCACGUUCUGCUGCCAGCGAGGGCGAGGCGGCCGCCGAGACCGACGAGGCCAACGGCGAUGCCCUCGCAGUGGGGCUGUCCUUCACCGAGUUUUCCUACCAGCUGCUGCAGGCGUACGACUUUAGCGUGCUCCACUCGGGAGCCUGGAACUGCUCGAUUCAGAUCGGAGGCUCGGAUCAGAUGGGCAACAUCAUGGCGGGCGUCGACCUGAUCCGGCGCCUCAAGGCCGCCUCGCCCGCAGCGGCGCAGCUGGCAGCAUCAUCGUCAUCGUCAUCGCCGACGUCCGCCGCCAAGCCGCACGGGGGCCAGGAAAAGUACGUGGACCCCGCCUACGGCCUCACGCUGCCGCUGCUGACGACGUCGUCGGGCGCCAAGUUUGGCAAGUCGGCGGGAAACGCCAUCUGGCUCUCGCCCUCGCUGCUGUCCGACUUCGAGUUCUACCAGUUCUUCCUGCGCUCCCGCGACGACGAGGUGGAAAAGUACCUGCUGGCCCUGACGCUGCUCCCCGUCGGUACGGUCCGGCAGGUCAUGGGGGAGCAUGCGGCGGAUAGGAAGAGGCGCGGGGCGCAGCGGAAGUUGGCGGGCGAAGUGACGGAGCUGGUGCGCGGCGUCGAGGCGAGGAAGAGGGCGGAGAUGGCGACCAGGGUCAUGUUCGAGACGGACCUGAGGGACGUGGAUGUCGACGAGGUCGUCGAGGCCUUCCGGGGUACGCAGGUGCUGGUCGAGCUGGGGAGUAGGGACGAGUGGGUGGGCGAGGACGUGACCAAGUUGGCAGCCAAGGUCGGUCUGGUCAAAUCGAGGGCCGAUGCAAAGCGUGCCCUCUCCUCGGGCGGCCUCUACCUCAACAACGUCGCGCUCCCAUCCUCCUCCAAGUCGCCUUCUUCGGGCAUCACGACCCUCGAUCCCGCCGACCUCCUCGGACCACCCUCGGCGCGGCAAUUCGCCAUCCUCCGCGUCGGAAAGACGGAGCACCGCGUCGUCGUCGUGCCCAGCUAG